GAUGGGUAACGUCUGCUCGGCCUCAGUCUCAUGUGACGCCGUUUUCACUCGUUGUUUAGAUUGUGCUAUAGGAAAAACUGCAUAUAUAAGUGAGCUCAAAGAUAAUCUAGAUGCCUUGCAGACUGAAUUGCAGAAGCUACUUGAAGCAAGAAACGAUUUGAUGAGGAGGGUUAACAUUGCUGAACAGAAACAAAUGAAACGGACGGACCAAGUGCAAGGCUGGCUUUCAAGAGUGCAAAAUGUGGAAGUUGAAGUUGGUGAACUGCAAGAAAUUAGAUCUCAAGAGAUUGAGAAAUUGUGUCUUGGAGGGUACUGUUCCAAGAAUUGCAAGUCAAGCUACAAGUUUGGGAAGAAAGUGGCCGGAAAGCUGAAAGUUGUGGCUACUUUGAAGGGUGAAGGUGUUUUUGAAGGGGUGGCGGAGAAGGUACCACUAUCAGUAGCGGAGGUAAAGCCUAGUGAGGCUACAAUAGUGGGUUUGCAAUUAAUAUUUGAUCAAGUUUGGAGAUCUAUUGAGGAAGAACAAGUAACAAUUGUUGGUCUCUACGGCAUGGGAGGAGUUGGAAAAACUACCCUGUUAACCCAAAUUAACAAUACAUUUCUCAAUGUAUCAAACGAUUAUGACACUGUGAUUUGGGUAGUGGUGUCUAGAGAUUUGCAAGUUGACAGGAUUCAAGAAAUGAUUGGGCAAAAGAUAGGGUUGGUUGAAGAGUCAUGGAAGAAUAAAAGUGUUGAAGACAAAGCAUCCGACAUCUUUAAGAUUUUGCGGAACAAAAAGUUUGUAUUAUUAUUAGAUGAUGUGUGGGAGAGGGUUGAUUUGACCACAGUGGGUAUACCUCUUCCAAGUGAAAAUGUUGCUUGUAAAAUAGUCUUCACUACUCGCUUUCUUGACGUAUGCGGCCGUAUGGAAGUUAAUAGGAAGUUUAAAGUGGAGUGCCUGGGGGAAGAGGAAGCUUGGAAAUUGUUUGAAAAGAAGGUUGGGAGAGAAACUCUUAGUAAUCAUCCUGAUAUUUUGGAAUUAGCUCAAAUUGUGGCCAAAGAGUGUGGGGGUCUACCACUUGUACUCGUCACUAUAGGUAGAGCCAUGACUUUCAAGAAGACACCUCAAGAAUGGAGAUAUGCAAUUCAAAUGUUAAGGAGAGCACCGUCUAAAUUUCCUGGUAUGGAGAAGCAGGUCUAUCCUCUUUUAAAGUCUAGUUAUGAUAGUUUGCCUGAUGACAAGAUUAAAUCAUGUUUUUUAUAUUGUAGUUUAUUUCCCGAACACUUUAGAAUACGUAAAACUAAAUUGAUAGAUUGUUGGCUUGGUGAGAACAUUUUGGAUGUGUAUGAUCAAAGUGAAGUACACAACCACGGAUACUACAUUAUUGGUGUUCUUGUUCAUGCCUGUUUAUUGGAAGAAGAAGAAAUAAGGGGAGAACAUUAUGUAAAAAUGCAUGAUGUGAUUCGUGACAUGGCUUUGUGGAUAGCAUGUGAAGUUAAGGAGGAGCAGCAGAAAUUUUUAGUUCAGGUGGGUGUUGAAUUAACUGGAGCACCAAAGGUCAAAGAAUGGGAAGAUAUAAAAAGGAUAUCCUUGAUGGAAAACAAAAUUGAGGUGUUAUCAGUGACUCCUACCUGUCCUGAUCUCUUAACUUUGUUUCUUAAUCAUAAUAACCUGAAGAUGAUUAGUAGUAGCUUUUUUCAAUUCAUGCCUUCUCUCAGAGUCUUAAAGCUAUCAUAUAAUAAAUUUCUAACCAAAUUACCUUCUGGGAUUUCUAAUUUGGUCUCACUGCAAUAUCUUGAUCUAUCAUGGACCACAAUAAUAGAGUUACCAAUGGAGUUAAAAGCCUUGGUAGGUCUUAAAUGUCUCAUCCUGGAGAAUACACGGAAUCUCUGUACAAUUCCGCGUAAUCUGAUAUCCCAUUUUUCAGCGUUGCAUAUAUUGAGAAUGACCGGCUGCAGUUAUAAUGUUUCUGAUCAAGAAAUAGGAGAAGAUAGCGUUCUGUUUGGUGGUGGUGAAUAUUUGUUGGAGGAAUUGCUUGGUUUGCAUUCUUUAAAUGUGUUGAGUAUUACCUUAAAAAGUCGUUAUGCUCUCCAAAGAUUUCUGAGUUCCCGGAAGUUUCAGAAUUGUACUCAUGGUCUAUCGGUUCGAUACUUUGAUGAUUCCAGGACACUUGAUGUUUCAUCUUUAGCAGAUCUCAAGUAUCUUCACAGACUAAACAUUUUAAAUUGUGAAAAAUUGGAAGAGUUGAAGAUAGAGCAUUUAAAGGUAGUACAAAAAACACUAGAGCCUUAUCAUUUCCACGACCUCAACAGGGUUCAAGUAGUCUCUUGCUCCAAAAUAAGGGACUUGACAUGGGUUGUCUUUGUUCGAAACCUCAAGUAUCUUAAAAUAGAAAGUUGUUAUGAGUUGGAAGAAAUAAUAAGUGGCAGAAAAUUGGGUGAAGAAUUUCCAGAAAUGAUGGAAAAUCUAAACCUUCUCUCGAAACUCCACUCUGCUAACAUACGAAUUCUACCAAAUUUGAAGAGGAUUUAUUGGAAGGCGUUGCGCUUCCCACAUCUGGAGGAAUUUUAUGUACGUGGAUGCCCCAAGCUAAAGAAGCUUCCACUUGAUUCCAACAGUGCAAAGGGACAGAAAAUUGUUAUUAGCGGCAGUGAAAACUGGUGGAAGGAGCUGAAAUGGGAGAAUGAAGCCAUUCAAAAUGCUUUUCUUCCUUAUUUCAAACCUUGUUAAUGUGGAUGUCAUUUUGGAGCAAAAUUUUAAAGGAAAAUUCUGGUAGGUGCUUUUCUUCCAUUUAAUGUAUAUUGGUUUCUUGUUC